UAAACGGUGCCGUUUGGGUCUUCGCUACCCACCGAGAGGCGAGAGUCCUGAAAGUCUGUCGCUUCACGAGGGCGAGCUUCAGCUGUGAGCUUCCAUGGCGAGCUUGAUCUCCAUAACCUUCUCCUUCCCUCUCGUGCCGUGGAAAACGCCUUCCAAAGAAAUGUGCCCAGGAGCUCCAAGUAGGGCUGGACUUGCCGUUGGUCGAGCUGGUGACACGAAAGCACCCGGGCUUCCUGCACUUCGCGACUUAACCAGGGCAAGAUUUUUCACAAAUAUUGGGUGCCAUCAAGAUCACAUUGAAGCAUAUACGAGGAGUCGGAGCUUCUGCAGUUGCAUGAAUAUGGAGUCGUGUUGUAGUUGUUUUGUAUUGUCCGGUUACUGGGUGGGACCGGAUCUUGAUGACGGCUGGGGACUUGUUGAAGCUUUCGUUAAUCGAUUAUAAUGAGUUAUUUCCCUGACGGAAUCGUUCGAUUAAUUCAUGGUUGAUAUGCUUCUUGUUUCU